AGUUGCCCCUGAAAUUCAACAGAUUUACACACACACUCGCAACUUUUUAGCUAUGCUACCCACACAUUUACAAAUUUAUUUUUCCGACUGUCAAAACAAAAUUCUGAGUGAGAGAACCGGACCUAAUAAAAAUUUUUACUGUAAUAAGAAUUUUAUGCGUUAGAGCGAGUAAGUGGAAAUGAAGCAAAAUUUGACAGCUUUGAUCACAGAGGCUGUGACUUUAGCAAAAGUUUGACAUCUUUGAUCACAGUAGGCUGUAAAUAAAAGCGUUAAUUUUGCAAAAACAUUUGAAGAUUGCCGAAACAUUGCGAUUUAAUCAUAUAAUUAAGUCAGGCUCCACACCAGCAUAUCCACCACCUUCAACGCCGCCACCAAUAAACAGCGCUGCAUACAUUAUUCGGUAAGUUUUCAUGCGACGAAUAAACGUUGCUUCUGCUGCAACUGCCUACAUUAAUCAUGUUCCUGGUGCUUCCCGAUUUGCACAUUUCAAAAGAAAAGCUGUUUUUGCAAUUAAUAAACCUUAUGGCGUACAGAAACAGCUUCCUCUAAAAACCUGCGAAGCGUGAAGUACCUGGAACAGGCUUAUUUAGUGCGUUCCAGAACGUCUACGAUUUGCAGGUUUUGCAGGAUUUAGUCCAAAGUCGUUCCCGUACGCCACGUUCACAUAAGGCUUAUUAAAGGCAAAAACAGCUGUUCCGGAAAACCUGCAAAUCCUGCAAAUCGUGAAGUACGGGAACAGGCUAAUUAUGUGCAAAUGUAAACAACAAAAGAAAGUGCAGUGUUUACAUAUGUAAAAAGUGUAGUAGGACUGGUGAAUGCGGUCAUUCUGGAAGCCAUAGUUUACAAAGUGUAGUGCACAGUUCAACAACAGUGAUUGGGUUUGCUACUUCAUAGCAGCAGUGGAAAUGGAAACAUUGCUCUGCUAUUGCUACUUCUCUACUUGAAUAGAUAAGAAGCACGGCCAGAAUCGGAAAACACACGAGGACCUUCCUUGUUUUACUUGGUUCUAUGUUUCGUUGAGGCACAGAUCAGCAAUGGAUUUGUCACCACUGUUCCUGGGAGAUACCGAAGCCCUCUCUCCACCACGCACGAGCAACACAGGUGUAGCCCUACAUAGAAAGCGCUUUCAUGUGGCACUGCCUUACGAGGAGCGCUUUGUCUCCCAGCCAACAGUAACCACCAAAAGGGUGUAGCCACUACACCAACAACAAGCAACACAGGUCAACAAUUUACCUUGUCUUACCUGCUGGAGAGGCAAAAAGAAAUGUUUGAUGGCGUCAUGGCCGCCAUUGGAAGAGUUGAGUCAAAGGUGGAAGGAAUAGCAAAUGCUCUGGCCGAAAAGAUGCCCGAACGCGCGGAAGUUCAAGCUCAAGGGCAGCUACUGCGAGAGUGCAAAGUGGUGACCUCGAAAGUUCACCAAAGUAUUUCCCGAAUCACUGGAGAUGCUAUUAGUAAAGAGCAUACUUUGCUUCAAAGUAUGCUUCCACUAUCAUCCCAGGAAAAGUUAAAUACUUUGGAGAAUCUUUUGGGAAACAAACCACACUCCGAUGCGAUGCUGAACAUAAUUUUAAAAUUGAAGGGUGCUAAGGGUUGUGUGAAACACGUGUUGAGAAGCAUUUUUGCCGACACUCUACUCAUUUCAUACAAUUAUGAGGGCAAAGCCAACAAAGCUCCACUUCUGGGGCUAAAAACAAUAGAAUUAGUUUUCGAUGCGUUUGUGAGUAUGCCCAAAAUUGACCUCAUUGCGGAAAUCAGAAAGCACGUGUUCCUAAGCCACAAUAGGUACAAACAAAUUGUAAUAAAAAAAAAAAUUAAACAUAAUAACAAAUCUAACAAUAAUUAAUUUAAUUACCUUAUUAUUAAUCUCUAAAAAAAAGUAACAUAAAAAUUUAAUAACUUUCCAAUCUAAAUUUCAAAAACGUUAUUUAAAUACGGCUAUUCGGGAUUUUUUGUAUAUCGACUGCGGAGUGGAAGAUCGACCUCGGCAGCCAGUUCGAAAAUGCCCUAUCUCAAAAAACUUUUCAAGAACGCCCUAUUUCA